AAAUUGAUUUCCUUUAUUGAUUCCCACCUGCAGAGGCUGUACGUAUUCAACUUGCUACUUAGAGCUUUUACGCUAGUACUUUCUCUAUUUGCUUCAAGUUGAAACGUUUCAGUCACGACGCAUGUUACUACUGUGAUACUCAUUCUACCAUAUUACUUUCUGUUUGUUCAGCCGCAGCACUUUUGCUUUGCUUACAGUCUCAGGUCACCGUCUAAACAGUACUAGGUCAACCUUGACUUGGCCCCGAUACCAUGGUUAAUAGGACGCGACGAUGGGGGCCAGUGCAGUCUCUGCUCGCACUAGCACCACUGCUCAUUGGAUUACCAUGGCUUGCAUUGAAGCACCAGUAUUCGUUACCUACGCCCAUCGUAGACCAAUAUGACCCCGUGACCUCCUUGCCUCAGCUCUCUGAAGCAACAAUCCUCCAAUAUGCCAAGUACCUGUCAGAGGAUAUCGGAUACCGCACACCUGGCACCCGCGAACACGCCCUCGCGGAUCUUUGGAUGACAGAGAAAGCUUUCCAGCUCAAAGAGGAGUGUGACCGUGUCGUAGCCGCUCAUCCCGACCGUAAACUCGAAUGUGAGGUAUGGAGGCAAGAGGGCAAUGGGAGUCAUCGCUUUGAUAUGAUGGCCGCGCGGUUAUACAAACGUUAUGUCAACCUGAGCAAUAUCAUCAUCCGCCUGAGCGAUGGCACGGACGAGGGAAAAGUUGAUGCCGUGCUUAUAAACUCACAUCUUGAUAGUACUCUUCCCAGUCCAGGCGCUGCAGAUGACGCGCUUGCAGUAGGUGUUAUGAUUGAGUGUGUGCGGGUGUUGGUAAAUACCCCUGGGUGGGAGCCAAAGCAUGCAGUUAUAUUUUUAUUCAACAAUGCCGAAGAGUCUCUCCAGGACGGGUCGCACCUUUACUCGACGCAGCACCCCACUGCGUCUACCGUCCGUGCUGUCGUCAAUUUGGAAGCUGCUGGCACCACAGGCCCUGAACUUCUGUUCCAGGCGACUUCUCACGAGAUGAUUCAGGCGUAUUCACAUGUGCCUCGGCCAUACGGAACAAUCUUUGCAAAUGAGAUCUUCAGCUCAGGCGUGCUACUCUCUGACACUGAUUUCCGGCAGUUUGAGUACUACUUGAACGUCACCGGGCUUGACAUGGCAGUUGUGGGUAACAGCUAUAUGUACCACAUGCGCGGGGAUCUGGUGGAAAACAUCGAGGCAGGCGUUGCACAGCACAUGGCCGAAAAUACACUCGCAUUGAUUGAGCACCUUACCUCAUCUGCCUCACCGCUGCCAGGGCUCGCAUCAGGAUACGGGCGCCCUAGUACCGUCUUCUUUGCGUACCUGGGGGUAUUCUUGGUAUAUUCGUUCCGCACAGCCGAAGUGAUGUACUCGCUGCUUUUCAUUGCCAGUUGUGUGCUUGUCAGAAGCGCUAGCGGGUCAAGUACAAGAGGUGCAACGAUGGCGAGGGCAUUGCUUUCUGUAACCGCUGGAGGGCUGGGAGCUAUUAUUGGGGCGAAUGCCGUUGCAUUCGUGAUGCAGCAGGUGUUGGGCCGGGGAAUGAGUUGGUUCAAGGGCGAAUUUGAGCCGUUGAUAUUAUAUGGCCCCGCGGCUAUGUGUGGAGCCCUCUUAAGUCAAUUGCCUUUUGCCCCGGUCCCUGAAAAAGCCCUCCUGCACGCACAGCUCCUUGCAUAUGCGUUCUUGGGUGCGGCGGGCCAGCUUGCUGGUAUUGGAUCCAGUGUGGUGUUCUUCCUUAGUGCACUCUCGACAUUUGUGGCCUUACUUGUUGACCGUGUGACUGGCUAUUUGAGUGCCUCCGUCAAAAAUGACAAGACGGAGGGCAAUGACGGCUCGGUGAGCCUAUGGACAUAUGCUCUAGGCCAGACCAUCCCGCUGUUGACGGGGACUCAACUGACGUCUGCGACUUUGGUUGUGUUCGUACCGCUGACUGGCCGUAUUGGCUCUGAGGCUCCGGCAGAAUAUAUCAUUGCUUCCAUUGUAGCGGUCCUGGGCUCCUACACGCUUAACCUCACUACACCAUUCGUUCAUCGAUUUGGUCUGCCUGCUCUGCGUAAAGCAGUCAUAAUUCUGCUCCUUGGAGUGGGCGUAAUGAUGGCAGUGUUUGCCAGAAAGGAGGUAUUUGAUAAAUAUCAUCAAAAGAGGCUAUUUGUGCUUCACAAGGAGGACUUGAACACACGCGAGCAACACCUCCAUCUUGCAGCUGCGGAUGGCGCGCCCGGCUUUGAUGACCUUGUGCAUGACAUCACGGCACGCUUUGGCGCUGAUGGGGUGCCCCCCAAGGCUGUUGUCAUGGACGACUGGAAUGGUGAUUGGGAUACGUUGUAUCCGUUCUCAGCGUUCCUCUCCCCAUACAAGAUUGACCUCCCACUAGACCCGGCGUAUGACGCGCCUUGGCCGCCAGCAGAGCAGUUCACGGUUUCAGCUGCUAAUGAUACCCUUGACGAGAGUAAGGGAACGAGGAGUCUGACGUUGAAGAUUGAUCACCCAGGAAUAAUGUGGACUGUGAUUGCAUUCGAUGCGCAUGUCCUAGAAUGGACGCUAGAUAACAGCCCACCUGAGGAGUAUGCGCGCCACCACAUCAAAGAAGCGUCGUUCUACGGAACUGACGUGUGGACGGUGGACAUGACGAUCAAAUGGCCGCCACCCCCGAACGCACAUCCCAGAUCUUCUGAUGCGAACGGGAUGAAGGUGAACUUCAUCGGGAUACAGGAGAAGCGCAUGUGGCCUGCGAAAAAGGCUGAGGCGGAUGGAAGUCAGGCAAUGAAGCUCUUCAAGGAGUUUGACGCGUGGCUGGAUGAGAAGACGGGCGGUAGUGUCGAUGCGCUGAUGAUGGGGUGCGUGAGCGGGCAGGCGGUCGUAUAGAUUGGGUUGGGUUGGGAAAUGCGGGACGAUGAGUUAACAUAGAUCAUCAUCAUCGUUAUAACCGCCGUUACAUAAAACUCAUCGGUUACUCCUUUCUUGUCUUUUGGAUGCAUUUGCGUUCAUUCAUAAUCUCAAGAUUGAUGAAU